CCUCAACCUCCUCCCCCGCCUUUAUAAAUCUGCGUUUUCCCUCUGCUCCUCCAACACCCACUUCCAUUUUCGCAGGUUCUCAAUACCCAUUUCCAAGCACACGCAAAUUUCCCUAAUCCGACCAACCUUUUUGUAUCUCUUCAUCCAUCUCUGCCGACCAUGACGGCUCCACAAGACGAAAAUUCUGUCCACAGGAAAUGCCCUCUCGCCGAGCUCGCUCCCGUGCAAGCAGUUCUAUUUGAUGUCGAUGGAACAUUGUGUGAUUCGGAUCCGCUCCAUUACUAUGCCUUCCGUGAAAUGCUUCAAGAGAUUGGUUUCAAUGGUGGGGUUCCAAUAGAUGAGGAGUUUUUCAUUAAAAAUGUUGCUGGCAAGCAUAACGAUGAUAUUGCCCGAGCACUUUUCCCUGAUGAUUACGAGCGAGGUUUGAAAUUUUGCGACGACAAGGAGGCUAUGUUUAGGAGAUUGGUUACCGAACAAUUAAAGCCUGUGAAUGGCUUGUACAAAGUGAAGAAAUGGAUAGAAGACUGCGGUUUAAAACGUGCUGCAGUUACAAACGCCCCUCGGCCGAAUGCCGAGCUCAUGAUCUCCAUGCUUGGUCUUACGGAUUUCUUCGAGGCUGUUAUCAUAGGUGGUGAAUGUGAGCAUGCCAAGCCACAUCCAGAACCGUAUUUGAAGGCUCUUGAAGCACUCAAAGUGUCGAAGGAUCACACUUUCAUUUUUGAGGAUUCUGUAUCAGGGAUCAAAGCUGGAGUGGCAGCCGAGAUGCCUGUCGUCGGUAUAGCGACGAGAAAUCCCGAGCACUUGUUGAUGCAAGCAAAGCCUGCCCUCCUCGUAAAGGACUACGACGAUCCGAAAUUGUGGGCAGCUUUGGAUGAACUCGAUAAGAGGGGAGAUACCAUUAACAAGGCAUCAUCCAUGUAUCGUGAUGAAAUGGUUUAGUAAUUCAAAGGUAUUCUCUCUAGUUCUUGAAUAACUUAGCUGUAGAAAUGACUGUUGUUCUUCAGCUUUGGCUAUUGAUACCCAUCAUAAUACAAUCAAGAUAGGAUGGUUAAUAGAUUAGCCACCAUUGUUAAUCUAAUAAUGGUCGUUGGAAGUUACCAGGC